UGACAAGGUCAUGGUCACACAAUCUAGCAUCAGUCAGUCAGGGAAUCGCAAUGGCAGAACCAAGAUCACCGGUCAGGGAACCAGAAGUUGUCUUUUACGACGCGCCUUUUCAACUGUAUGGACUGGGUUUCAGCAACUCUUCCUCGCAUCCUUCAAGAGCUGCUGUGACCUCGUUCAUCCCGACAUCAAGCUCGAACAAGAUUCAGAUCAUCGACCGACGAGCUUACGACCAGGACUAUGAAGACGAGGACGAUGAUGAUCGGGCCAACUACGGUUACAACAGCAGCAACAAUAACAACAAAAAGCCUCAAGCGAAGCCGGAUUACAACCUCCUCGCACAAGCUUCUCAUCCUUUCCCACCUACCCGGGUCACUUGGGAACCUCGACCUGCCACAAACUCCUCGUCAUCUUCUUCCCGGCUGACAAACACCGGCACAGGGGAAAGACAGACGGAACUCUUAGCUACUACCGGGGAUGCACUCAGAGUGUGGGAAGUCGAGACUUCAAUGGACGGGUGGGCGGAGCCGAACGACGUGGGGGACGGGGGUAGCGAGGAUGACGAGGAUGGAGAUCGAUUCGGAUAUCGACGGGAUAGGGAUCGGGCAAGGGUCGGGUAUGGUGGAAGGCAAGGGGAAAAGGUCAGGUUGAGGGAGAGGAGCAAGUUGACCAAUGGCAAGGUUCCCGCCAAUCAAGUCCCUCCGCUCACCUCCUUCUCAUGGUCCGACCACUCUCCCAACCUCCUCGUAACCUCGUCCAUAGACACCACCUGCACCCUCUGGGAUAUCCACACCUCCACUGCCCUGACCCAACUUAUCGCUCACGACCGAGCCGUCCAUGACGUCUCCUUCCUUCCCCACUCAUCCGACGUAUUCGUCAGCGUCGGUUCCGACGGGUCUCUCCGAGCGUUCGACCUGAGGGCUUUGGAACAUUCGACCAUCUUGUACGAGGAUCCCGGGAACAAACCGUUGAUGCGGGUAGAAUUUGGGAAGAAGGAACAGCAUUACUUGGGGGUGUUUGGGAUGGGAGAAGAGGCGGUGCAAGUUUUGGAUAUGAGGAGUCCCGGGGUGCCCGUCGUAGAGCUAAGGGGGCACAAGAAGGGGAGAGACGGGGCAGUGAACGCGAUCGCUUGGGGAUGUGAGGGCAGAGCGAGUACGGGGGGUGCCGGGUGGCUGGCGAGUUGUGGCGACGACGCUCAGGUCUUGUUGUACGACUGUACGCAACCCUUGCCUUACCCUCAAUCAUCUUCCAACCCUUCUUCCGCCGCUUCCUCGCCUGCCAAUUUCACCCCUCCUCCUCCUGCAGCGGGACAAGGCAAAUCGGGCACGGCCCCAGGGAAAUCUUCCUCUUCCACUCAUCUCUAUCCUACGAAAUCCGGAGCGAGCACGCCAGGCGCGGGCCAGAGCCGGACAACGUCCCGAGGCGGGACCUCAUCAUCCACCCAACCCGCCGUUGUACCCAAACGGUACCCCGUGAGGGCGUGGAACAACCAGCUGGACGGGUUCUUGUCCUCGUCCCAGGUCGGGAGCGCCGAGUUGAACAACCUCGCGUGGGGUUGUGAGGGGCAGAACGGGCAGGGCGUCUGGUUGGGAGUUGUCGGAGGGAGGCGGUUGAGUUGUUUGAGGUUCUGAUCCGUUCAUGUGGAAGGGAUGGGGUUUCGACCCGUUUGGGAUUCGGCUGUCGUGUUCAUAGUCAUACAGUAGUCGUGUACGGUUUUGGGAGUUGUGGGGUCCGAGAUCAUGCAUGGAUCAGAAGAGAACAUGUUACCGAUGACGUAGCGAUCGACCGUUAUCAACGACGAUUUGCAUCCGCUCAACCUCGCUCUCCUUGGCGUUCGUCUGCGCGAA